AUGUCUAUUACCCCUGUUAGAUCCAUCUCCACUAAUGUUGAGACAUCUACUUCCUCAUCUGCAUUAUUAGAUCUCAUUAAUAAGACUAAGAAAGUGACAGUUAAACAACCGUUGGUAUGGAUAGAUUGUGAAAUGACGGGAUUAGAAGUAUUCCAAGAUGAUCAUAUUAUUGAGAUCUGUUGUAUUAUAACUGAUGGAGAUUUAAAUAUCAUUGAAGAAAAUGGAUAUGAAUCAACAGUAUAUUAUGAUAAACAAGUCUUGGAUAAUAUGAAUGAAUGGUGUGUUACCCAACAUACGAAAUCAGGACUUGUGGCUAAGAUCUUAUCUCAUCCUGAACAAACCCUUGAGAAAGUGAAUCAAGAGAUUAUAGAAUACGUUAAGAAAUAUAUUCCUCAAGAGAGAGUGGGGAUCUUAGCUGGGAAUUCAAUUCAUAUGGAUAAAUUUUUCUUAAUGAAGGAAUUCAAACCAUUAAUCGAUCAUCUUCACUAUCGAUUGGUGGAUGUUAGUAGUAUAAUGGAGAUGGGGAAUCGUCAUAAUCCUCGUCUUAUGAGAUGUUAUCCUAAGAAAAAGGGAAAUCAUACUGCUAAACUGGAUAUUUUAGAAUCACUUGAACAAUUGAAAUGGUAUCGUGAUCAUUAUUUAAAGAGUGAAAAUGAAGUUAAAAGUUUUAUAGAGGAUUAUGAAUCUAAGCAAGUUGAUAUUGAAGGUGAUGAUAGUGAUAAAGUAAUUAAGAAGAGGAAGGUGUAA